UGUUUAAUUUAAGCUGUAAACUGCACAGAAGCGGUGCUACUCGACUAGGCUUCUGCAUAUGGCGUGAAGCGUCCACGGGAAGAGCGGAGGGAGAACGUACAGCCCUUUACGACUUUCAUGUGAAGAACCGUGGAAAAAUUGUCAACUUCGGUGGCUAUGCUCUGCCCGUACAGUACACAGAUCAGAGCAUCACGGCCUCCCAUUUGUAUACCCGUCGCAUUGGCUCCAUUUUCGAUGUGUCACACAUGCUGCAGACUUAUGUGCACGGCAAGGAUGCGGCAGCAUGCCUCGAAUCCAUAUGCACGGCGGACAUUUCUGGCCUGCUGUCGGGCAGUGGCACACUGACCGUUUUCACAAAUGAGGCCGGUGGCAUACUGGAUGACCUUAUUGUCAACAAGGUGAGCGAAAAGGAGCUCUAUGUGGUAUCCAAUGCGGCCAUGAAGCAGCAGGAUAUGGGCAUUAUGGAGUCCGCUGUGUCCAACUUUAAAUCGCAAGGCAAAGAUGUGACCAUUGAGUUUCUGGCGCCCAGCGAGCAAUCACUUUUAGCCGUGCAAGGUCCCCAAGUUGCCACUGAGCUGGCCCAAUUGCUGCCUAAGCCUGAACUGCUGCGGCAGCUUUACUUUAUGCAAACUCUGAGCACACCUCUGGCCGAUUUGCCCAAUGUACGCAUAACUCGCUGUGGCUACACAGGUGAGGAUGGUGUCGAAAUAUCUGUGCCCUCGAAUCGAGUAGAACAAUUGACGGAAGCACUUCUGGAAAGCGGAAAACUGAAAUUGGCUGGACUGGGAGCGCGUGACUCGCUGCGUUUAGAGGCCGGCCUGUGCCUCUAUGGCAGUGAUAUUGAUGAGCACACAACUCCUGUGGAGGCAGCACUUUCGUGGCUUGUGGCCAAGCGAAGACGUACGGCCCUCGAUUUUCCGGGAGCCGCAGCUAUUGUUCGUCAAUUGAAGGUGGGUGUGCAGCGACGUCGUGUGGGUCUGCAAACAUUGGAGGGCGCCAAGUCCCCGCCAGCGCGUGCUAGUGUUGACAUCUAUCGGGAAGGCAAGCUGGUGGGUCAAGUGACCAGCGGGUGUCCCAGUCCUAGCACGGGACGGAAUAUUGCCAUGGGCUACAUAGCUGAGACAUGGAAAGCCCCCGGCACACGAGUUGAACUUAAAAUACGCGAUAAAUUCUACGAAGCGGAAGUGACGAAAAUGCCAUUCACAAAAGCCAACUACUAUAACAAGCCAAAGCAAUAAACGAAGAAUUUAAACAUGAA